AGUACUUUAAAGGCAUGCUGUGGGUGUCUUUACACUGCUGCAAGAUGUCGCUCAUCCUGACUGAGUAGAAGCUGAAACCCAAAUGCGCAUCGCCUCCCGAGGUGUCUUUUUCAAAUCCAGCAGCUGCUCUUCAUGAAGGUAACAUUUUAGCUCUAAAUAACAAGCAACCGGAGGUGCACUCUGAAAACAACUCAAACGAGAGAUGCCCAAAUGUUUGAGACGGCCAAGACUCUGCAGUAAAUAAAACUGAUGUCAAAGACUGGUUCUCGUUUCGCUGGGUAACCGAGUAGGUACACCUAACCUGGCCUGACUAGCUGUCACGCUGAAGAGGCAACAAACAGAUGUGCUGAAAUGUCAACAUCUGUCUCCAGGUCUGCUCGAGCUGAAGGAGGAGAAGGAUUUUCGGGGCUCUCUCUGUGAAGAAUAAAGGAAUAAAAUGCUGCGCAUCACUGCUUCUAGUCCAGGUUACUUGAAUCUUAAACGCACCUGAGCCGGGAAUUUAUCCUCGACCUUUUUUGGGGGGGAGGUGUUGAGGCUUUUCUACUGCUCUCUGCAACGCAACGAGGAGGAUGGUCUUUGCCCUACAUGUGAUUGUCAUGUCUUCGGCGUUUUUCAAUCCCAGUUUUGCCUUCAGCUCCCACUUUGACACAGGUAAGGGUCACACUAAAGGAUGGCUUGGAUGAGAUCAUUUACUCAUUUUCUGGAGGUUUCUCAAACACUGACACUGUGUACUGGUGCUAUUUUAGUGACACAUCAUUUCCCCAGUCAUUACACUAUCACCAUAGUCAGUGUCACAUUCAGAAGAGGCUGGUAUGGAUUUUGUACAUUAAGUCCUGGAACAGAUUCUGCAUGUGACCGACCACACUGUUUACAGAGGUGACCCGCUGAUGGAGGUGUGUGGGUAUACCGCCCGAAGGUGCCAAUUCGGAUGCAGCGUUUAAUCAUCUCUAUUACAGGAACCCCUUUGGCGAAGGAAGGAGAACCCAGGUGCUGCUGCAGUGCUACGGGACCACCGAGCAGGAAGUGAUGGCCGUGCUGCUGUGUGAGGGCUUGAAGUAGAGCAGAAUAAAUAACUGUGUGCAAGUGUAAACAGGACUGAGAGAGAGAGUCCCCUGCACUGGGCGCAGUGUGCUGAGCAUACAAAUGCCGGUGAGCCCUGUGGCUCUCAAGUUUCAGGCGCUAUCUGUCCUUCCAAAACCGCACACUCUUGCUGUUUUUUUUUUUACCCUUCAUGUCUGUUUGUUCCACCCUCUUUUACCUUCAUAUACCCUCUUAUUCCUCUCAUUUCCUCUCCAUCAUUCGCUAAAAGGGUCCUCCAUUUAAAGCUGGAUGGGUUAUUUGUAAGAUGCACGCCAUCCCUGCGAAUUUUUGAAGUUUCUAUACCUCCAGUUGUGACAAAAUUGUGCAGCACUGGUGGAUGCAAAACACAUUCAUCCAUAAUAUAAGCCUUGACAGAUUUGCUCUACUACUCUGGCCUAAGAUUUACGGCAAAGAGGAGUCAGUUAGAGACAUAGAUAUUGGGAAAACCAUGACAAAAGCAGUUUUCUGCACAGUAUUUGUUGGGGGAUGCUGAGCUGGCUAGACCUAGUUUUGUGCAGUGAAAUAUGAAACACAAAACUAUCAGAAGAGUGUAAUCUUUUAAUUUGAAACCAGUUCAAUGCUUCUUAGCUGAAUAAGGGGAAAACGCCUGCUGACUGUGGCUCAUCUUUGUCUUAGUGUUUUUCUUCCUGGAGGAAAUUUAAAUCGAGUGUGUUUGUGGAGCUCGUAGCAAGACUGAAUAAUGGGGCCUAUUUUGCUAGCCCCCUUUCUACAUUUUUCAUCGAUUUCCACGCAGCACCUGAAUGGCAGACCUGUUAUUUCCUUGUAAUUGCAAGUGGGGAUCAAUGUUGUCUUGGUGAUGAAGGUGGGUGUGUGAGGAGGAACCAAUCAUUUUCAUGGCGGAUGGGAAGGACAGAGAGAUGCUAGAGCCCCUUAAAGGGGGAGGGACUCAGAGCAUUUGUGUAGGUGAAUAUGCUGCAUUUAUAAAACACAAAUAUUUACACUCAGCGACUGAACGAUAGCGCGCCUCAAGCUCUUUAUAAGACAGUAUAGUGUGCUCCAAUUCUGCACACACCAGACAGAGGUAAAUGGCUAUUGGGCUUGGUCACUUGUCACAUUGCAUGAUUAUAUAAGACGUCAACAGGGACCAACACACGGUAGAAGAAUUUCUGAUCUCCUGGCUAAAUCAGCCCACACAUGGGGCUUCGUUUGUGUGCAUCCAGGGAAGAAUCAACCUAAUAUGUGUGCCCUUCUGCGCAUGGGACGACUGCAGCUCAUACCUGGUUUACUACGACUGCUUCAGCACCAUGGAGAGCUCUCCCAUCAGGAGAGGGUGCAGAUACUGUUUGUGUGUUUGUGUUUGUGUUUGUGAUGGAUAAAAACCCUAACUGCACCCAGAAUUAAUAUGCAUCAUUUGACAGUCAGGGCACACAGAAAACAGGCCGACCUGGAGGGCGACACUGAUACACCAACAAGCUGACAAUGCAGCACCAUGGCGGGACUGUCUUUUAAGCAGUGUCCUCUAAUUCCUGGAGAUGGCGGUAGCAGCUAGUGUGCAUGUCAUGGGCCACAUCUACAUGCAACACACACUCACACACACACACACACUUUGGCAUGAUGCAUAAUGCACGUUCUGCAUGCAGGAAAGCAUACACGUGCCUUCUCUUACACAUGUGCGCACCGCUGCAUGCUGUAAUCACAGUGCUGCUGAUACCACAGAGAGGGAGAGACGUUAGCAGAGAUGUCUUGACUUGCACUCAAAGCUCCUCCCACUGACUCGGUCAGUGCAAACCAGCCACCACUGACUCUUUGAUUAUUUAUCUCUCCAUGUGUAACACUGAGCACUUUAGUUACAUAACUCUGCCUCAAGGGGAACUAGAAUAAGAAUGAAGUGGACUCAAGCAGCUAAGGGGAGCCAUCUAUGUCUCCUCUAUGUGCACUCAGUGUGAUGAUGGGGGGAUGUGGGUUUUUCUCAGUGUCUCUUGCUUUGAAGGCUUAUGUGUGCGGAAUUAAAAUUGAGGACUAAGUUUUCCCCCUAUGUGGUAAUCAACUUGUUAGAAAGUAUAAUUUCUUUUCAUGGGAUUUUAAUGGUAGAGCACCCUCUGAGAGACACCUGGCAUGAUGGUUGAUGGAAAUAGAGAAGUACGCUGAGUUAUAAAGCAAAGUCGAGGUUAUGUGAGCUGAAUUUAGAGGCUUUUCAUAAGGAAAAUAAAAAAAAUUCAACAAUAUUAGCUGACACCAAACUGCUAAAAUUACUGCUGUUAUUUUCUUUACAUCAUGUGGGAACUCUUGGGUUAUUCCUAAUAAUCUCCAAACCCAUCAUCUAUCAUCAUGUGAUUAGAAUAGAUUGGCCUUUAAGAGCAGAUACCAACUUCUUGGUGAUACUGUCUGCACCGUAAAAACACUGUUAUUUCAUAUGUCUUUGAGUAGUGCCUUUCUAUGUGUUGGUGAAUCUCAGUUCAACUGUAGAUAGAAAAUAAUUUACACAGAGGCUUCACUCUUAACUUUCUUAAGUUAUACGACACCAAGACUUCAGAGUCAUGCAUUUGCAUGUUCUGGUACUUCAUGUAAGCAGGAAUAACAGCAUCAACAUACAGAGACUAAUCUAUAAUACUUGUUUUCUUGAUGGAAAUUGGGCUGAUUAUUUCGGAUGUUUUUCAGGGCAAUAAAUAUACAAGACUUUGUGACAAUAUCAAGCAGAUUUGUUGUUCAGGUUACAGUUAUGAGCUGCACUUGCUGGCAGAUAUCUGUUCGUAUGACAAAAUACUUUGUCCUUAGCUGACAGCAGGUUUUUAGUCGGAUAUCCUCACCUGUCGUGGUUGGGUUCUGCCUACUUUUGCUCUCAACACCAGGGAAGAUUUGGCCAAUUAUCAUGGCUGAUAUUCAGCAUUUGGCUGAUUCUUAUUGGCCUUUAAUUUUACAAAAUAGCUAGUUAAAUGAAUUAAUUUUGGCUGCGCUGCCAGUGGGUCUUUCCCUCUGCGUGUUUUCUUGCACCAAUCUAUCUCACCCUACGGCCCUGUCCACAACACCACUUUCAGUCUAAAAGAUCAACCGUUUACUCCUGUAGAUUAUAUUUAAUGUUCUGGUUUUGAUUAACCGGUUCAAAAUAUGGGCUGAGAAAAGUGUGACAGGCUUUAUGUCAGAUUUAAGUGGCUGCAUUAGGACGAGGAAACAGGCAUUUUGGUAUUUUUGUUUUCCCACAGACUUGCUCACACAGACACAGGAAUGUCCACACAGAUGUACGCACACUCAGCCAUUGUCUGCAUCAUGAGACUCGGGCUGAAAUGUCAUCUGAGGUGCAUAUUUCUAUGUCUGCAUAUGGUUAGCACAUGCAUUUCAUUUGUGUUUAAAAGCUAGAGCACUGAGCACAUGUGGGCUAAUCGUGCCUCUCUGUAGUGUGUGUAUGUGCAGAGCUGGGUUCUGCCAGGACGUUAUAGAGCGAUAUUAUAAACUCAUCAAGUAAAAGUAUGUGUUGAUUAGUGUUUAGCUGUAUGACUUAAAAGAUAUGUUGCAGGUAAAAAUUCACAAUUCGGGUAAACUGGGUUACGUCCUGAUGCAACGAGUACCCAUGAGUCCUAAGCCAAGUCUCUUCUACUACUCGACUAAAGAGGAUAAACAUAUUUUUAUUCCGCUCAUUCACUCCUUCAGCUGCCUGUAUGCCAGUGUGAUAAACUGCGAACAGCUUUUGUUCCAUUUGUGCAGCAGCGACAGCUACUCCGGUUCAUUUUGUGCUGCAUAAUAAUCACCUAAUACAGCAGAUUUCCUUCAAAAAUUCAAGCAAACAUCCCACACAGCAGAGGGCUAUCGCUGCUAGAAAACAUUGGAGCUUAUACUAAAUGCGAUGUCUGGAAUUGUAGCUAUUUAAAGCGACGACUCGAACCUUUAGUGAAGAAAGCCCUGAUCAAAGAGGAUGUAAAAUUAGCUUUAAAUAUAGAGUUUUUUAAACACAGACUCUUCUUCCUCGCAGGAUGCCCUUGCAAGAGCUGUCAAGAGACGCACAUGACAGGCCUGUAAUGCUGAUCCAUGGUGGUCCUUCUGGGCUCUCACUCCCAUCUAAUGACAGUUAUCAUGGCUCUCUGCAGGCCAGCGCAUCCCCCCUACAAUCUGCAGUCAUUCACUGAGAGCAUGACUACAGAACGGCAGAGAGGAUGUAAACCAGGGAAGGAUACUGCACCCUGCCAUUAAUCAUGGCAUGCUGUUCACUUUGCUGUCAGCUGUUCCCGAGCAAAACAUAUCAGUGCACAUGUGUAAGUGUGUAUAUGCGUGCAUUUACAGAGUGCUUCCUCCACCGUGCACCUCUCUACGUCCAGCCUCUCCCUCCUACACCCUGAUGCUCCUCCGUCUGCACAUCUCUGCCAUUUUAUUCGCCCAAACAGCUCCUGCUUUAUUUCUUUCCCUCUUUCUGUUCCGAAUAUCUUCCUUCUUCAUGCAGCCUGAAGCCGAGAGUUCAUGUCCGACCGUUUGGUCUCCCUAGAAGAAAGCUGAUUUCCCCGUCAGUUCAGAUCUAGCUCUAACCAGCCUGCAUCCCUAGCUGAGGCUCACACUUGAUUCACAGCUUUGUUGAAAAAACUGCGCCCGAGGGGGAUGAGACCUCUGUGGGUGAUGUAAAUCCACCUUUGCAUCAAUCUAAAACAUGUCUGUUGAAUUUACAUCCGGCCAUGCGGUCUUUUUAGCCUCACUUGAACCACAGAGUGCAGACUUGACAAACUCUGUCUGAACUCCGAUGCAGAACAAAACUUUUAGAGGUGCUCGGAUUAGAAAUACAAACAGCUUGAGCCAGCAAUUGAUCCGCAACGAUUGUCUUUAUGCCUUUUAUUCAAACGUACACAAAAAGCAGUGUUCGCGUCAAUAUUCAGCUCAGCUUAUAUCCAGAAGAGCUGCUCUCUCAGUUACCUGAACUAUAAUUCUUAUUCAGCCGCAGUAAGCUGACUGUUUUCAUUGUUGCCCCGGUGUAAGCUGCACCUUUCAUGCAGCAGCUCCCAGUCAAGUAUCAGUGCAGCCCUGCAAGUUCGCGCUCAGCUCCACAGUGUAUCCAAACUCUUUGAGUCUGAAUGUCCUUUAAAUCUUUCUCUAAAGGUCACAUUUCUCCCCCGUCUCUAUCUAUCUCGUCUGUUGUGUCCUGAGCACGUCCCCGGCAUUCCUCCUGUUUGGGUUGUGUGAGGUUUUUGUGCGUUAGAGUUAAAGUUGGAGGCUGCUCGGUGCAGCUCAGGCAGGGCAGGGCAGAUGGAGGAGCUUUUAUACCCCUGCAGCACUGUCCUGAAUGUAAACACGGGUUCAGAGAGAUGUUACACUCCUUCUGUGUGUGGCUGUUUCUUUUUUUCUCUCCGCAUAUUGACUCAGAUUUUUACUCUGGAGGAGCUUAGAGGGGGAGUAUAUAAACAGCUAAGAUCUUUAAUAAAUGCAGCGGCGAGCUUCCUGUGGUGUGUAGGGACACUAAGUGCUUAUGAAUGCCUACCUCUGGAGGCAAUGUCCAUUUAUAGUAGGCCAUACUGUAUUUCACAACAUACACAGCAGAGGAAGUUUUUCUCUGUAUGUUAAGAAAAUCGAACUCUAAACAAAAAAGUUAAGACCCUGAAUAAAAAUAGUUAAAUUAUUUAAAAAAAACAGAAUUUAAUGAUUUGCAAAUCAUUGAACUGUAAUUGAAAAUGUUAAAACUGAUUAUCCUGAUACGAAUACAGCAACAGAGGUCAUUUUCGGUCAUGUUCAAGCUGAUUGAACUCAUAAUGAUACAGUAUACCAGCGCAUUAGGCCGCCUUAAGAAGCUUCCAGCAGAGGGCGCUCUCAUUGUAACCUGGCCAAUCAAAGCACUCUUGACCUCAGUGAUCCUACCAUAGACUGUGUAGAGAAUGGACGCUGUCUGCCUCCUCGCUGGGUGAAGCCACUCCGAGAACAGCACCCUCUGUUGACGGGCUGCAGUAUAGGUCAGAAAUCCCGCCUCCUCCAGCAAUCCCUAUGGAGCUGUGGACAAACUUUAGAAAUUAAUUACACAGAAUAUAAAUUUUCCACCCCUCUACUUGCGGUGUUGACAUCUAGUUAUCGUAAGACUGGUUUGUGUUCAUGUUUUCUACGAUUGACACUUGAUACAGCCUAUGGGCGUACGAAGACUGCGUAGCUCAUCAGCUGUUUUAGCCGAGCGUUACCACAGCGACUCUUUCCUUUUAACGAUACAAAAUUAGCAUUAUUUCCAAUCAAAUAUGGAUUGAAAUGAUUUGAUUUGUGGCCGCAGAGUACAGUGACAUUAUUCUCAAGUUACAAAAGAAAGGCUCAAAUUGAACUGUUUGGGGAAUAUACUUGGGCUGCUAUUAGCAUACUUAGGCAUUAGCCAUUUAGGCCCCAUCCUCACAUGCACUGCCCUCCUGGAAAUUUCUUGACAUUGUGCAGGAGGGUUGAAUACUAAUGAAAAUGAUUCACACUGAUUUUAUGUAAAAAAAAAGUAUGUAGAAAGUCAGUCUCAGGCAGUCUUAUUGUGUGUUCUCUGCUAGGAGGAAGUGGGAUAAUGAUGUUGUUUGCAUUCAGCAAGAGCUUCACUGCCUUAUACUCUAAAACUGUCAGGGGUUCAUAUGCGAAAGAGACUUAUGUGUGGGUAAAACGGCAUCUAUCUACACCACUAAAACUUUCCACAGACAUUUUGCAGUAAAGCCAAUUCCAUGCGGCUUCGCUCUUUUAAGUGCCAUCUGGGCUCGUUUGUUCUUACUCAGACUGUGUUACCGUUCCAAUAUGGACUAAGUGUUCCCAAUAAUACUGAGCAAUGUGUCAAACAAAUGUUACAUCAUGGUAUGUGCCGUCGAUUGGGAGGGAAGGUUUGAAAAGCUCAGUCUGUGGUCACUAACCAAACCACGUUUAGAUACUCCUCCCUUUACAUGUGCUUGUUUGUGCUUGUAUAAAGGUUGUCCCUGUGUUUACCCAAUCUUGUGAACAUUGAUUGCGGUUGAAACAAUAUUUCUUUUCCCCUUUUCUUUGUUUUCCCCUCACUCUUUCUCAAGACGGUUUGAUUGCAGUGGUGUGGAGUUUGGCUCGGUGCCCGCCCUGCAGCACUGUCAUUACUCGGUCUCUCGGUCAAAAAAACAAGACAGGGUUGUUUUCGUGAGACUGUGUUUGCUUUUGGUGCACAUAAAGGAACUAUACCUCUAAGAAAGAGCGAUUACAGUACCGUAGAGGAGGAACCUGGAAUGUCACAUUUGUUUUUCUGAAUCAUUCCCCUUUGUGGAUUUCUAAAAGGGAUUGUAGCUAAUAGGAGAAUAUAUUUUAUCCUGCUGCUCUCAGUUUCCAGGGAAACUUAUCUUCUGCAGUCAAAUUUAACACCUUGACUGGGCUUACAGAGUGGGUGCAUACUCUGUUCAUGUGUGACCGCAAAACACAUGGCCCGGCCUUGGCCUUGCCACAAGUGUGGGAGGCAUUGUAGUGUGGCUCCCUCUGCUUCAGUAAAUCCCCAUUUCCUCUCCACAAAUCUUUCUUGCCCCGUUUGUCCUCCCUCCUUCCCCAACACGUGUCCAUUUAGAGCAGAUUUUUGAAUUCACGAUGAGCUCUGUCCUGAUGCCGCACAGAGUCAAUAACCCGGCAGCUGUAGACCUGACGUUCAGCUGCUGUAUCGGCACGCUACAGCUGCACAGCAACAGAAAGCCUGACUUCACUGGUGCAUGCUUUAUUUAUUAUCUACCAUGAAGAAAUUUGCAAUGCAUGAACACACACACACACACCUUUGAGAUAAGCGUACUUUGGCUCAGCUGUAUCCCCCGAGCGCAUGUAUUUCUCUUUUUGCAUUUUUUAAAGAAAUCUCAACAAUGCCCGAUUUGGACCAAAACCAGGUGCCUGUACCCCGUGGUCCUCGUAUUUCACCAGAAGUGCAGGUCCACUUUGAUAGAACGGCGUAUAUUUUUCUGAUGUCUUUACCAGUUUUUUAAAGCCCUCAUUACUUGCAGGGUUUUAGGGGCACAUAUCUUUGUCCAAAUGGACUGGAAUCGCUCCAAUUACAGCACCAUUAUUUCAUUUAGCAGACACUUUUAUCCAAAGCAACGUGCACCUGAGGGUAAUGACACAAUUUUAAGGCAGUUUUUUCUUUUUCUUUUUCCUUGAAAUGCAUCUGAAAAAAACAGGAAAGUGUUUUAAUUUAAGUUUAGUAAUUAAAUGUGGAUUUGCAUUACAAGAGAUGGCGUCACUUAUCUAUGCAGCUAAUGUACCCCCUUGUGAAUGAGGCCAACUGUGACUCAUCUCUAUGGUGCCAGGAGGAUAAAAGAGAAAGGGGAGUGAACAAAGUCACACAAAAGUCAACCUGGCCAGUCUGUGGGGUUGGUUUUCCUUCUCUAAGCUUCUGCUGUACGAUCGGUGCUCAUUAUUUGACACUCCAGCUCCCUUAAAAGUAAAGCCAGCACCUUUUGAUUGUCCCCUGAAGGUGUGGAUGUUAGUUUACGAAGAGAUUGAGACGAUAUUCAGCAUGAAUUUACAGUAAAACAUCAAAAUCACUAAAGGUCAAAUUGUGAUUCAAUGUUUAGAUUGUGUGGGCAGCCCUAAAGUAACUGUGCGGAUACAGUUACAGGUGUAGGUACAAGUGCAGAGCAGAUAGGCUCGCAAGAUUCAUGAAUGAAACCAAGUUAGUGACCAAAGUUUGUUCAAUAUUCACUUAACAUAGUCCACAAAGUCAAACAAAGAUACUGUUAUGCUCUUAAAAACGAGUAAAAAUCUGCAGAUAUCGUACCAAACUCAUGGCUCUGGAUCUAGCACAAUGACAUCUAAGCACUUAUUCCGGAGCAGGUGCUGUGACUGUGACUGUGACUGUGGAGGAAACCACAAAUUCUUAGUUUCGGUCAAGGCAAACUGAUCUGUACAGGUGUAAGGAGCCACAUUUAAUGAAGCAAAAACACAGCAACAACCUGUUUAUUCAUUCGUUUUCUAAAGGCCAACACUUCUCCACUCCCUCUGUCCCUGCGUCUUCCUCAUUGUCAGCCUGAAUUGCUGAGGGAUCGGGGUGACUCCAUCGCUCUCCUUACCCAUCUGUCAGGUCAUUGCUCAUCUUCCUCCAGUCCUGAGGACAGCUUUUUAAUAAAGUGGGUAUGAGCCGGGCUUUAAGUGCUAUAUUUACAUUUGGCUGUGCAGCUGGUGUAGUAAUGUGUGCUUCUCAAAUAUUUAUGGAAAGACCCAGGGCCGUCGCUCUCUCACAGAUUCUUCAGAGAGAGAGAGAGAAAGGGAGGGGGGAUGGAUUUCUAAAGGUACUUUAAUCCCUGAUUUUCCUUGUUUUACUCUUUAUGGUUAGAAACAAAGAUUUAAUAAAUGUUGGUGCAUCCGUUAGACUGGUGUUGCGAUCAUACAUUUUAUGACUGAAAGGGGGCCUAACGAGGAUUUUUGGUCCCAUAGCUAUACAUGUUUAAAAGUAGUUUAAGUUCCCGGGUAGAUAUUUGUUAGUGAAGGAUGAAGAGAACUCGACAACUCAUUUUGGAUCGAGAGCAGGCUCAGGAUGAAAAAUGGUUCCAACUAGUUUGAGCAAUUGACAUAAUAUGCUUUCCUCCUAAAAGGUUCCCAUACCAGUGCCUUUGACUUAGUUUCUAUGUGCAAACAAUGAAGUAACACAUCCUACAACCUAGGAGUCGAGAGAGGAAUCAUGGCAGGGGUCAAAGCCGAUGUCCGAUACAACUUCAACUUGUACUGUCAAGAAUAUCAGCUCAGAAGAAACAGAGCAGUAUCACACAACGGCUUAUGUUAAAAUCCACUCCUAUCGUGAGACAGGUACUGACUGUCGGAGACUGUACUUUCAGAAUCCAUCACUCAAAAUCAAGGUAAUCUCAUGACUACAGAAAUGACACCAUUUUUGUGAGAUGGUGCCAUUUCUGUUGUGAGCUAAACUGUUAUUUUUGUUUGGGUUAGUUGACUAAUCAGAGGCUGUAUCUGUGAUCACCUGACCUGUAAAGGUCCCGUCUAUAAGCCAGGCUCCCCAAUCUUAGCAGAGUACUAAAUAAUUAAACUCUCUCAUGCAGAAAAUCCAUAUAGGCCUACUUUUUCUACACAGGACUUGAUUUAGAAUUAGAUUGACUCAAUAAUAGCAACAGUAUCAAUAAAUCUUAUCAUUUCCCAUCCUUUGUCAUGACUUUACAAAGAUGGCUGAAAAUACACUUGGGCAGCCCGCCCAGAUAUUGUCUAUGUGUGAAACGUUUAGAGGUGACACUUGUUUUUUGUUCUGUGCAGGUGUUGCCAAAAAUAUUCUCCCUUUUUAAGGAUGACCCAGUUUAGAGUCAGUGUAGCAGAGCCUUUACAAUUAAAUCAGCUUGUUAUUUGAAAUAAUGGCACUUUAAAGAGUGUAACUGUUUUUUUUCUUGAGAGUUUUUUUCACGGGUGAUAAAAUGAUAACUGAACAACUCUUGGUUUAGCUAUGAAUGAAACACCACACCUCAUAUACAUACAACAACAUCAUCAGCAUAGCAGGAAUACCACAAAUAAUAUCUUACUUGCUCUCUAUUUAAAAAUCACUUCGAUUAGCUUCCCAAAUAGAGAGAGGAAUUUGGGUCUUAGGCACUGUUUGCAAACACUGUCAACAGACUAAUGGGUCCCUCUUGCUGCUCUUCAGGAAACACACCCAUCUGCUUCCCCCUGACUUACUAAACAAACUCACGUUCGCUUGCCAAUUUCCAAAACCAUUCCAUUAUGUGUGAAAGAGGAAAAAGUUGGUCCACUUUUUCAUGCCUGUGUUCACCAUCUGCUUCAUCAGAGGCUGUGCAGGCUUGGCAGUUGGCAGGUACCUUAGCCUCAGGCUGGGUAACAUUUCAGGGUGGACAGCUUAGCAGGAUGAAUGAGGUUACUGAUGGGAAUGUGACCAACUGAGGGGGGCAGUGGAAAACUUUGUGCACUUUUAACCCCGGGGUAAAAAGUUGGAAAUUAAUGCAAAUUGCAAUUGUUUCUGUGGCUUAAUUCAACCAUUGAUUAUUUGGAUCUGUCAGUCAGGGUUGAACUCGUGUGCAUGUUUACAUUAAACUCCUGGUUGAUGAUCUGAGAAACAGUUGCAAAAAACUGAGCCAUUGAGGCAGAUUUGAAAAAAGCGUCCCACCCCCCACACACAAAACUCUCCCCUCUGUGCUCCACGUUAACUCCCCCCCGAACCUGUAUCGCCCUCCCCACAUCACACCCCCUCUGGCAAAGCAAGAAGCCGGCCGGCAGAAGAUCCUACGCUAGCUUCAAAUAGGAUUCACCAUGUCGAAUUGCGAGUGACUAGCGGCAGUAAACGCCAGGGGCCUCAUGUAUCAACGCUUGCGGCGCAAGAAAACCUUGCGUACGCCAAAAUCGGCGCACACGUCCAGAUUUAUCAUCGCGAAACGAGCGUCGGUUCCAGCGCUAAUCAACGCAAAGUCAGGAGGUGGUGUAGAAAUUGGCGUUGAGCUGGAUAUUUGCGUUGACUGUGAUUCGCACUUUGGCGACGCUGUGUGGCGGUGUUUGGUGACUCACUAUGUGACAAGCGUGCACCACAUCCCCGUGGCCGGGCAGCACGUCGCCCCACAUGACGAACCAGCAGCAGACGGAGGGAUGCGAGCUGAUCCCUGCCGGGCCGCCGUCCUCGCGCGGGAGAAUCUCAUCGCCACAGUGUGAAUGGGUAAGAAAUGAAUACACAGUUCAAUGAGCCAAAUUAAUUUAUUUUCUCCACCAGACGCUCGAGGAAAUUUACGAGCCGGUCCAGCCGCUCGUUGAUCCCCGCGAUCCCCCUGAUGAUUUCUUCCUGCGAUUGCAGGACCCCCUCCGCGAGGACCCUUCCACUGCGUCCGGGUGGUCCAGCGGAAGCGCCGCGGCUGGUGGACGCUCCACCGCUUGUCGGCGCGCUGGUGCUGAUGCUGGUGCUGGUGCUGGGGCCGGGGGCCGGGGUGGCCCGAAUGCCGCUGGUCCUGGCCGAUGACUCCGAGCCGGCGGACGGGCUGCCGCGGGCCAGGGUUCCGCAAGCCGGCGACACGGCCGACACAUUGAUUUCUGUGACACAAUAAAAAUAUUAGUUCAUUUCAAUUCCUGCUUCUGUGUAUCUGUUGCGUUUACAUCUCUCUCCACGGUAUCAUAGGUAAUGUAAUCCAGUAUUUCGAGGUCAGUUAUGCACAUUACAGUUGUUUAUUGCAUAAAAAGUUAUCGAAAAAUGAAGUUAAGGGCGAAGUAUAAAUCACGUCUAAAAAUAGACUGAAUCCCGACGUUGAAAUGAAGUAUAAACUUAGACUAGACGUCUAAUAUACGUCUUUUGCUCAGUGGGAUGACAAAGCAUGUGGACAUUUGUGUGACACGCCACUUACCCUAUAAUAAUAAUCGCCACCACCCGCUGCUCAAACGGUGUGAGGGUCUCCUCCCCCGGACCCCCACCUGUCUGGUCGGUACUCCUCCGGAGGGCAGCUGUACGCCGCUUGACCUCCACCUUGAGGUCCGACCACUUUUUUUUAAUCUCCGCGGGGGUGCGUGUCUCGGAACCCACCGCAUUCACCCUCUCGCAAAAUUUCUCCCACUCCAAGCGUUUUUGUUUUGCACUGACGCCACUGGACAGGCUGCCAAACAAAACACACUAUCGCUCCUCCACCUCCGCCACAAGCACCUCCACCUCGCACGCCGUAAAUUUAGUUUUUCUUGUCAUUUUGUCUGCGUGCGAGGACAGGGAGACCCUAUUUAAAUAAAUCUGCAUAUUUAUAGGAGGGCGUAACGGGGACGGGCCCAGUCACUCUGACAUCUGCGCUCAAUUCCACGCUGAUUGGGAUUUAUCAAGGAAACACACGUGGAUUUCGGCGCCCGCACACAUUGAUACAUACGGAUCAGCGUGACGGACCUUGCGUGCGCUCGUUUCUGGUAUGAGUUCCACGCAAGUGUUGAUACAUGAGGCCCCAGCUCUGCUAGCGAGCAGCGUCUGCAGCUGCCUGGACAGCUACCGUGUUGACAUUGCAGAGACUAAUAAGAGUUAUUUAUGUAACAUGUGUCACCAUAAAAGGCAAAAACUACCUGUUCAACAAAAACUCUGCUGCGUUUCCUCUUUUUGCUGCCCUUUCUUCUGUCCAUUUGCAUUUUCUUCCCACUUUUGGCAGUGGGGCAAGCAGAAGUCUGUUUUUGUGUCCUUCUCCAUCACAGCUCCUGUAGCUAAGCUGCUACGCUACUUUUAGCCGCUUAGAGCUCAAAGGAGGGCCGGAAGAGUGGGAGGGGACGAGACGAAACUACCGGAGAGGCGUGUGUCGAAUACUGCGAGGUGAUUGGAUGGAGAGGCGGAGCAGGAGAUUGACCAAUAAGAGCUGUCUGGGACGGAUGGCUCCUAUUGGUCAAUGUUUUUGCAGCCGUGUUCCUGCGGGGGUGAACGGAAAAUCUUCACUUUGUGGAGAGCGUACUAUAGGACCAUAAUCGCCAUAUCAACGAGGUUCAUAAUAAUUACUCAUCUCUCCAGUCGUCAACCAUGCCUUUAAAUAGUCAUGAGACACGCAUAUUAAGUGUUGCUUAACAAAGCCAUCGGUCUCUCUAUGGGGCUGCAGUUGUAAGUGGUUACAACUACAUUAUUCAGGUAUGAUAGUUUAACUUCAAGAGAUUUAAUCCAGUCUAAGUCUAAUUCUAAAUAUGUUGUUGACAUAUAUUUUUUUAGGUCUAGUUUUAGUCAAACAAAACUAUAUUUCAAAAUGAUGUAAAGGUUCUGAGUCUGGGAGACUAAAGAAGUCAUUCCAACCAUGCUGAAAUGGGUUUCCUAUGGCAUAUCCAGACAUCUCCUAGUUAACAUCUGAGAAGCUGCGGUCUUUUCGCACUUCUGCAUUGGCUUUAUUUUCCAGCUCUUUAGGCUUCUGCUUGCUUUGCACAUCAUGACAGCUGAUUUACUACCCUCCUCCAGAACACGGGUAUGUGUGUAUUUCUGUUUUAUGUAUCGUGUGAAUCAGCCUCUGAUUCAGCAUGUGGUAUAAAUGUUUCAGGCACGAGUGUUCAUCCCCCUGUUGUCCCCUUACACAUCUGCAAGUGUCACUGUAAUAUCCUCGAAUAAAGAAUUGCUUUCAGACUUCCACUGAGUAAACAAGCUCCUAAUCUGUUAGUUGGUAAUUUGGCUUUAAGGCGAUAAAUGGUUGCACGAGUUUACAUUAAUUUUCAUGUUUUAAGGGGAUGCUAAAGAGGCCGGGGGAAGCUGCGAAUGUGCAGACUCGAAGGGAGGCGUCAUCCCUGUUUGUAUUUCUUCACAAUGUGUCCUAUCACCACUCACUCAAGCUGUCUGUUGUGGUAUGUGGUGGCUUCAGACUGGGCACUGCUUGGUUCAGCUUGUUAAUCUCCUUCUUUUCCACUUCACGGACACUUUCACAUGCAAUCAAACACACACACACACACACACGUCUUCAAGCUUUUUUCCGCAUAAUGCAGGGGGACAGAUGGGAGAGAGUGCCGGUGUUUGAGGAAUCAGCAAAAAUCUGUUUCUUCCAAGUGGGGAAAUAAAGAGGGGGCACGAGGUUUACCGCGCAGUAAAUGCCAAUCAACUAAUAAGUGCAGGCCAGCAAGGUUGUUACCAUGGCGAUGUGUUGGCAGGUCAGCACCCACACACUCGCUGUAGUUCUUUUGACCAUGCGGGCUUUGAGCAUGGACCUGUAUGCACAGCCCCUGUCUGUUUUCAUUUUCUGCCCCGGUGUGAGUGUAAGCUUUGUGGCCGUGACCUCGGGGUCAAGCUUUGGUUUGGAGCUGUGCUGUUUGGGCCGCAGGAGCUGUCAGGUUUGGAACAGUAUGUUCCCCACAGCCAAAUGGGUCAGGACCGCCGGGUCUCGGUCACUGAGGUGGAAAAAUACUCACUCACACACACACGAGCUCUACAAACCGAAUCUCAGCAUCGACCCAAUAAGAAUGGAGGGAAAUGCUUGUUUUGAAGGGGAGACAAACAAAGGAACCUUGCGGUGAGGAUAUGUCGCCUACUUUAUUCUUUAAGAUCGACAGAUUUACAGUCUAAGUAGAGGAAAGCAGAGUGUUAAGAAAUGGUGAAGAAGAGGGUAACUGCAUGCGUGUCACAUGGUCAUUUCAGAAGCACACAUGUUGGUGCUGCGUAAUGGACUCUGCCACCAGAUUGGUGUGGUCAGCUUGUUAAGUUCAGCUUCGGGUUUUGGUGUUUAUUUAAAGCUGGAAAAGUACAACUGCGGUCGAAAAUAUCCUUCGCAUGAAUACAUGUUUUGACAGAAACUGGACAGUGAGAGCUCAAAACAGAGAUGCGUGUUUAUGGUUCCUUAUGCAAACUCUGGGAGCAGUAGACAAAGGGAUUCGCUGACGAAAGGAGAAGCUCUAAACUGUGCGAGGUUUUCAGAGCCGCCAUUAAGAUGCAAACAAUUCAUGUGAUAUUCUCAAUUUGUAUCCUGUAAAAUCAGAUGUUUGAUCUGAUUCUGGCUCUGUAGGGACCUGUACAGCUGCGAGGAACUUGAUCUACAAAUUUAAUAUAUUUCUGCCUCUCUCCGUUGUAUUUACCAUUUUCAUUUGCUGAAUCUACAUAACAAAUGCAAUGCACUUUAAAGUAGCAUGCAGGCAGGGGCGUGUCCAGACUUUUUAACUGGGGGGGGCAAACUUGAGAUGACUUUUGUAGGAUUGGUAUCGCAAGUAUGUGUUCAUACACGCUCAAAAUAAUGGCUCGAACUUCCAUAUUAUGUCUCACCUAGUCAAAUUGAGUGCACGUCACUUAUUUACAGGAAUUGUUUUAUUUUUUUAUGAGAAACUCAAAACUCGAAAUAUCACUCUGCCUUUCGCAGUCAACCAAGCAAACAGGUGGUGGCUCCUCUAACAUGAUUCCCUCCUCUGAAUGGGAAAAAGUCAUUUUUAGUUAAGAAGUUUGGGCCAUUUAGGGUGGCUGGUCAAACUGCAAAGGGGACUGGGCCACCAUGAACCACUCUUUCGGACACGGCCCUGCAUGCAGUUAGUCCUUUAAAGGUUUUUUGGACCAUCGACUCAUAUUUAAAAAUGCAGCUCAAAUAAAAUAAAAAAUUUUUAAGCAUUAAAUAUGACUGCAGGUUCAAUAUACUGUACAGCAUGUCUUUGCAGGAGGGUUUUAAGAGACAGUGGAGCUUUAUUCAUCGAUUGCUUCAGGUAGACACAUAAUGGAGAUGGUUGUAAAAGGUGGUUUAAGUAGAUAGCCACUUAAUGAUAUACUUGGUUUAUUAAUGUCAAGUGCCUCCUUUGUUGUUUGAAUGCUACAGGUUCGGAUGUGAAUCUAUUCAGUGCAGGUCUUAACAAGUAUAGAGAUACAGACAUCUAUGUGCCUUCUUUCUUUCUCUCCAUCAAUUUCUCUCUACCUCUGUCCUCCUCUCCCUUUCUCUCUCCUCUUUUCUCUGUGUUGGCAGGAGGCUUAAAACUGUAAAUGAGAUUAUGUGGAGGUGUUCCAAACUGUGACAUCUGGCCCUCUGGCCCGUCUUCACUUCCAAAAAGACAAUCUGACACGUAUGGUGCACACAUGCACGGCCGAGGACAAUGACGGGUUGCAGAUAACUUGUUAAAGAAGUGCACAAAACCCUCCGAAAAAAAAAAGUGCUUUCCAUUUGAUGAUCACACUAAAACGUUUCUUUUAUAAGAAGACCUUGAUGCUGUGCACUUAGAGAUAACUUUGUCUCAGUGAGUGCACCAUUCUGCAAAUAAGUUGAAUAAACAAGGCUGUUAUGGGGUUUGUGCAGCACACUGCAGAUCCUAGAUUCACAGAAAACCUGAUUAUUCAUCGCUGGUGUUUACGUCGAGACAGAACAUCGAUUCUUCUGCUGCUUUAUGAAAUUAUUAUCAAGAGGGACUAAUUGUGCUCGUGGGUGGUGCCAAACUUUUAGCUCCCAUGACUCAGAGUGCAUAGUAACUACUGUAAUUAAGCCGCAGGAGCCUGCCUCCUAUUCAAAGUCACAGCUGAAUAGGAGGCAGAGGAGAAUACUGAUUAUGAGUCACAUGCCUCUUUCAAAUCAAAGUCACAAAUCAUCUGUGUGUAUACAAAUCACCUUUAUCUCUAUUGCGCCUUUAAUUUCCUGUAUGGUUGCGCAGGUUGCCAUCUGAUCCCGGUGCGCUUUCCCUCCUUUAAACUCAGGAAUUAUCUCCAUCUUGAUGUUGCAGAUGGAGCCCCGCUGAGCGAGCUGUCGUGGCCUUCGUCCCUGGCCGUGGUGGCUGUCUCCUUCUCUGGCCUCUUCACCUUUGUCUUCCUCAUGCUGGCCUGCCUCUGCUGCAAGAAGGGCGACAUCGGCUUCAAGGUGAGCUCACUGCUACCCCCUGCUGGAGGUGGUGAAGGGAAACUGAGAGUGUGUGUGAAGAGAAUGAAGGGAAUCCUGGUCAGUGAGUUGCAUCUUAAAAGAAACUAGUUAUCUUCAGGUACAAAAACAUGUAUCAGCGUUACUCAAACUUCUGAAAAACAUGAAAAGAAAGAUUUCAAGUCCUCAGCUUGUACUAUUUUAAACUGCAUCUAUUUUAAACGGCCAUUAGACGUCCUUUUAAAGUGUGUCCCCGAAAAAGCUGAUAUAACAACUGAAAGUAGGGCUGCAAAUUAGAGCUGCUCCUUUGAAGUCAAGUAAUUUGCUUUCUUUCUUAGAUUUAUCAUUAAUUAUGCAUUAUUGAGUCUAAAAGCCGAAGUUUAUGUCCUUGGAAAAGUUUAAAUGCCACACACACACAGCCAUGUACCAAUUUACAUCAACAAAAAAAAAAGAAAGACUUUCUGUCCUUUUAGUUUUGGGUGCCAGAAAAAACUCUUCUGUUUUGGAAUACUGUUAUUUAGCAUGUAUUCAUUUGUGUUAAAAAACAAACUUUUUAGUUUAGAUCAUCAAGAAAUCUGCCUGUUUCUCAUGGAUUGGUUUACCACCAGUAGAAAAUCAUCAAAUCAAGUUAAAAGUCAAAAGUCAAAAAUCAUAUCAAUAUAUCAAUAAAAAGAGAAACUAUCUCAGAGACAGGUAAUCUAAAAAUAACGGCACUGUGAAGAGUCAUCAUUAAAACCUGUUAGUUUAGAUUUAAAAACAUUUAAAGGUACUAUAAGGAGUUUUUUGCAGUUUAUAAACAGGCUGAAAUAAACAGUGAUCUGAUGAACUGAGAACACCUCCAUAAGACUUAGAUUAAAUCAACAACAAUAAAAGAGUAACCACUUUGUCCACAGGGGGCGCCAAAGUCAACACAGACUAAAGAGUGUUGAUGACACCAGCUCCUUGGCUUUUAAGUUGUUCUGUGAUAAAUUUCAGGCUGAGGGUGCAGAAAACCCAAUUUCUGUAGCGGCUUUUGAGACAAAGAGCAUAAGAAAGUCCUAAGAGCACAAUAAAUACUGUACAGCACUUCUCUGUGUGAUAAAAUCACAAAGAUAGGGUCAAAGAGAGUGGCCAAGACUUCCCUUAUAAAUGAAGGCGUAUCGAUGUAUUAGCCUUGGGGCUGCAAGAGAUGUCCAACCAACCAGGGGGUAUAACUCACAGCACUGAAUAAGAGCUAAAUGUGCGUGAUUCUGUAUAAAUCAUAGACUUUAUGUACUAUAGACAACUUGGUUCUGCCUCCCGCCUGUAUACGGAUUUGAAGCCAAAAAGCUCUCUGUAUUUCUAUGAUUUUUCUUCAUUUUCUUAAAACAAACAUUGCGCAGUAGCGCUGUACGCAUUCGAUAGGAGAGUGGCCGAGAGUCGCUGUGAUGACGCUCAGCUCAAACAGCGUAUCCCCUGGGUGAGCUACGCAAUCAAUAGGCUGUAUCAGGUGUCAAUCAUAGAAAACAUGAACCCCCUAACAACUUCUAAAAACGGAGCUUCACAGAAAAAAGAGGACUUGAGAACAAACCAGUCUAACAGUAACUACAUGUCAACACCGCAAGCAGGGCAGAGAAAAAUUAACAUUACAGCUUUGCUAGCAGAGGCAGGAUUUAUGACCUAUACUGCAGCCCACCAACAGAGGGUGCUGUUCUCUGAGUGCCUCCAGUGAGGAGGCAGACGCUAUCCAUUCUAUCCAGUCUAGCAUAAAUCUAUUGUAAAAAAAAUGAUUUUGUGUAAGUGUGAAUGGGUUCUCCUGUGUUGCUGGAGCUGCCCCCUAGUGGAAACAUGAAGAAGUGCAAUUUUUGACACUUAUGCGUCAGCUCUAUUUUUACUAGGUUUUGUACAUCAUGACAGUUGAUACAACAGCCUAUGAAUUACUGAAUAGAAACAAAUAUUUGACAUGGGUGUUAAUUAGCCAUACCCCUAGUGGACACUUAAGGAACUGCAGUGAUUUUUGCAAAUUAUCAUGGGCUUAAUUUCUCAACACAGAAGUGUGAAGAACUGAUUGGAUUUGUGAUGUAUAGACAAAGGUUAUGAUUGUGUUUCUACAUCAAACCACCUAGCUUCUUACUUUAGUUGCCCUGUGAAUGUCAAAGUCUUUUAUUGGGGACUUUUUUCCUCAUUAUAUGCAAGUGAUGUUGCCGAAAAAACCCUCACCCAUCCCAGGCUGGCACACAUUGUCUUUGUGCCGCCUUUAGCUGCCAGCAUGACUCAGCCGUGCUGUGUCAAACAUCAGCGCUCAACUGAACAGCUGAUUAGGGCGACCAGAGCCUGACACAAGCAGGGGGCAUAAAGAGAGAGAGAGAGAGAGAGGAAAAAGAGGGGAAACUCUGCAGUCAGUGUGAUUUCUGCAUGUUGUAGUUACUGGCUUUGGAUUUAUUAAAAUGCUACUUCUAUUGUGGCGUGAGCAUCAAAACAUGUUUUCAUUUUUGUCAUGCACUUUUUUCUGCAAAAUGGAUGACUAACAGCCCUGACUAAACAGCAAAGACUCCUGCUAAGAUUGCUUAUGCAAAUUUGAUUCCACACUAGUUCUCGCCCCCAUAAUUCCUUGCAUGAAUCAUGAAGAAACAGAAUAUUGUUGAUAAAGUAAGUUACAAAAAAACGUGUUUGCCUUUUUUGUUGUGGAUUAGAGAGCUGCAUAAAGCAGAGGAGGGGACAGAAGAGAGCUGAUCAGAGCGGUUUCUACGUUUUAAAAGUCAAGUUUUGUGCUCUGGCGUUUAGGCUGAACAGCUUGUGGUAGGUAGAUGCUGCAGGGAUAACAGUGUCGCUAAUGAGCGCAGAAAAAAAAAAGAAAAGGCACCAUUACCGACUUCUGGACUUCUCCACUCUGUGUGCCCACGUCUCUUUCCCACGCCACAUCGCCACUGCCUCAUUACGUGAAUGUGUGUUUUAAUAACCUGCAGGAACAGCAGGUAGCGAGAUCUGCGCCUGCUUCUCAUUGGCCGGCUAUUAACUGCAAAAAGAUGAUACAUGAUGACAGGAUGGCGGCUCAAGCGGCUAAAAGGGCAUCGGAUGAUAGUUGAUUCACUUUAACGUUAUGAAUCAUCUUAAGCCUGGUCAACACACGGAUAUGACACUAUUGAUUUCUGCAGGGAUAUUGUUUCCCAGCAGCCUGUGAGAUUUGUAAAGCUGCCCUUGAAGCUGGAAGAUUCGGUGUUUUCCUUUCUGACUUCUGCACAUGGCUGAAUGACAGACGCUUUUUGCUGCAGUCAUUGUGUUGUUUUAGCACUUGAGCUGAUUGUAAAAGAAGAAUGCACUUUUAAAAAAUCAUUUGUGAGGCUCUAAAAACCUCUUUAGUCACUCUAAAACUGAAUGAAUAGAAUCAGAAAUCACAAUUUUCUUGGCUCACCUUCCUCCUUUCUUUCUUUCUUAAUGUUAUGAAUAACUUGAACAAAAUAACUGGAGACGGUGUUUUGCCUCAGCGAAAUCCUUAAUUUGGGCUUUUUGUGUUUUAAAGAGUCAGGCAGUUUUAGCUCAAGAGCAGCUUCACUGAAAUAGCACUUAAAUUUUACAGCUGGGAGCCACUGAUAACAUAAAAGUUAGUGUGGCAGAGCUUUGACAAAUAAAGGAGUGAUGAUGAUUACGAGGAAGCAGAUAUUCUCCAUCAGAGGGGAACUUUUUACUCACAUCUGUUAUAUCUAUGUUGUAUAUAAACACCUCAGGGUAGGAAAUGCUAGAAUUUUUUGAGUAGAAAUGCUUCUACAUCUUAUUUAUAUUCUUUACUGAUCAAUUUGUGGCUUAAAUCAUGAGAUUAUUUUGUCUGCCAAUCUAGUAAAAUCCUUCUACGUGGAGAACGGUGUUGUAAAUUUAGUGUUUUUGUCACUAAGUGCUUCACUUUUGGAUUUGUCUUCUAACUUUUUUUGCUGUUCUUGUAUCCUUGCUGUAUUUUGGUGCUAAUGCGAGGUGAGGCUGUUGCUGCUUCACAGCACUCCAACUGGGGCUGGUUAAUAUGGGAAAAAGUUGAUUACGAUACAUAUUUUUUCAUAUCAGUCGAUAUUGACAUAUAUCAAGAUAUAAAAAAUGAAAUUUAACAGUGCUUAUUGGUAGCAUGUCUUUUGCAAUACAACAAGCUACUGCAUCUGUGAGGUCUGUGUGAGGUCUCAAUAUUUUGUCAUAAGGCGUUGCGCUAGAGAAAGCGGACUGAAUGGGCUGCUUGCUCCACUCAGGGAUUGUAACCUUUUGCAUUGCACGUGCUCUGCCGCGUGGCGCUGCUUCAGGUGGUGAAAAAGAUUUGAGCUAUUCCCCGACUUUGCGAGAACAUGUAUUUGACAGAAUUUGUGGUGCAAAUUACUUUGCUUCAUGUCUGACCUGCUGCCGGCUUCACAUGUUUAAGUUUUAUGGUUGCAUGUAGCUGCAGCCUGCUACUACGCAGUUGUUUGCUACUUGGUUCUAAUUCAGCACAAAGCGGACCCUUCUCCCCUUUUCAUUGGUUAUUCGUAUUGUCUACCAAAACAUGGCAGAAUGCUGACUAUCGAAAAGGAAAUUGAACAUAUUUCAUACUGAUAUUGAUUGAUUAAUUGAGGGAAAUAAAUUUUCGAUAUAUAUCGUUAUCGUUUUAUCGCCCAGCCCUACCUUCAACACAUCCACAUCGUAGUGACUAUUUCAUCUUUCUCUAAAACAGUGAAAAACAUCCACACCGGUGUUGCCAUUUUUACUCUCAUCAGCUUGUCUGUAUGUCCCUUUCGGCAAAGCACCUCCUAUAAGGGAAAAUUUUGGCUUAUUGAGAAGAAAAUAGAAACAUCAACUGUUUUAAUCAUUAAACUAAUAACUUCAAAACAGUCCUCUUGUUCGACAGGCUGAUAUACUUUGUGCAUCCGCAGUAUAAGAGGUACUUGAGGAUGAUAUAUGCUGUAUUUUGAUCUUCAAACCUCAAAUUGAUCCUAUCUUUAUCUCUGGCAGCCAACAUCACAGAAUGGUUAAACACUCUCCCACUCUUCCUCUCUCUCUUUGGCACCGGCUCGUCACUCAACAGCUCACUUGUAAGGUGUGCAUUCGUGCGAGACUGCAAAACUCGCGCGGCUGCGCCGUCCAAAAAGCUUCAUUAUUCCCCUCCAUCGCCGUGCUCUUACUGGAGCGCGGAGUGUGAGGCCGGGUAUUAAGUGCUUUCUAAACUGAAGGCUCUCUGGGGAGCUAUGCAACGCUGACUCACAGCCAGGUGCUCGCUUUCACACUCGGCUCUGUGGAGAGUGGCAGAUGGUUCUGCUGAAUGAGAAACACACACAUGCACGCAUUCCUAUGUGCACACUCUGGUGUUUUAGGACACAUGUAAAUAGACACAAACACACACAAACAAUACGCCAUUCAGGUAUUUCAUUUUAACCCAGCCUAAAGACCACUACACCUACUUUCUUUCUCUACCUUUUCCUGUUUUCUACUCACUCUCUCCUUCUUUUUCUUUGACCUCUGUGGUUGCUGGAAGUUAGAGGUAGGCUUGUUAUGAAUAACAGUUCAUUAGCCAGCACAGGAAUGGAUGGAUGGUCGGCUGAAUCGGCCCCUUGAACGGAGGAUUUAUACCAGCCUGGUCUCCCAACAUGGCCGCUUUCUUGGAAACUGCUAACAAGACUGAUGUGAACAGUUGAGUGAUGUCGCUUUACGUGGAGAGGACACGGAGUCAGGAUAUCAGCGAGAGGGGUUCUGACUAAAAGACCUGCUACUGUUAAUGGAAAACAGGGGUGAUGUGAAGAGGUUCUCAUUGUUAGAUGUAGCUUAAAGAGCGUUACACACAAGGGAAAUACUCUGAAUGCCUCUUUCCGGUCGGUGUUGCCACUGAUAUAAAAGGGUCUGGAAGGAUUAAAGUCGACAUUUGGGUUAAUGCAGGGACAGAUCCAGCCAGUGGUCUCCCUCUUUAUUUACCUUGACUACUGACUGCUACUACCACCUUAGAUGUUACAUAAAAAUGCACAAAUAAAUAAUGACAGCUCACAACAUGCUGUAUAUGUAGAUAUUAAUGUGCGAUGAGCUUGCCAUGGUGGUGCUAACUUUGCUAAUGUUCGCCGCAGUCUGCGAAUUAAUUUGAUAUAAUGCCUGAAGACUUUGUGUCUUUAGCCAUGCUCAAUAAAUUAAGCUGAGCUUUUCUCAUUGGAAUUUUAAUUACCGUUUAAACGAGAAGGGAAUCAGUUUCUUCUGAACAUCCUUAACCACGACUAGUACUACUGCUACCAAUACUAGGGCUGUCCCGAUACGAUAUUCAUACCGGAUAUCGGUCCGAUAUGAGCCAAAAAACAAAUAUCGGAUUAUAUCGGCCUGGAUCUAAAAUCUCCGAUAUCAGCACUCUGAUACAAGCAGUCCAUUCCAGACUCCACUCCAGCACUUCUAUCUAGCAGCGCCCAGAUCCAGCAUGCAGAGCCCACAUGAUCACAACAACAGUGUGUACUAAGGUACAAACAAAGAAGCAAGGAGUAGGAGUGAUGUCGGUUGUGUGGCAGUAUUUUUCGUUAAAGUGCGAAAAAGACAUCGCAGCUGAGUGCAAAACUUGUCAUGCACAAGUUUGUGUCAAAUUGGAUCAAUAUCAGUAUUGGCCGAUACUAAAAGAUACAAUAUUGGUAUCAUAUCAGAAGUAAAAAAAUUGUAUGCGGACACCCCAAACUAAUAAUUCCUAACUCAUCGUGGUUAACUGUGAUAAUUUGGUGAGUCUGAAAAAUUCUGUGCCCGUUUAUAUCAUGCUGUGCAGAUUUUGCAAUUUGACAUACAGUGCAAGCAUCGGCUUUACUGUGUACUCGUGUUUCCUUUGUAAUGAAAACAAGAAGUAUGUCUAAAGUCGGUGAAAACUUUUCACACUCCAAAACUUCAUGUGAGGAAGAUAAAAGACAUAAAAAAAUGGAAAUAGCAAUGCAACUUUUCCCUCAAAGAAUUGCAUCUCUCUGUGUUCAGUUGUAUGUGUGAAGUGUUACGCAAUUUAAGCUCCUGGAUACCCUUUUCUAUUCUUGAUAUACAAGGGUUUGGAGAUGCAGAUUUCUACAGGGACACUGUACAACGUUAGACAGCAAGGACACUGCAGCAGAGCGGGGAGCAACGACAGAUGGGCGCAGAAAGACAGGGAGACAGAGCAGAGGAUGUGGGAUAGGAGAGGGUCACUGUUUUCCAUCGCUGAGAGUUUUUGUCCUGCACAGCUGAGGAACUUUUUCUCGCUCUUAUCUGAAUGUAGCAUGAACUAUGUAUCAGAGCUGAUAUUUACAACAUAAAGGUCAUCUUUUUAAUGUGACAAAAAUGUAGAAUUUGAAUCGACAUGUGGGUGCAAAAAGUAAAAGCCAAGGCUUCUUACUCAUUACGUACCACAUCAGGCAUUUUGUCCAGUUUUCUAUCGUUAAGAUUGAAUGAAUCAGAUUUUUCAAUGUUGUAAAAACCUUGAGGACGACAAAAUAGCGAGCCUGUGACUCACUCGCAAUGUGUACCAGUUGAAUGAUUUAAAACACAAGGCCCCUGAUCUAAUCUAUUUGGGUUUAAAAUGUCACUAUUACUCUGUAAAAACUCACAAAAACUAUAACUAUGUAAAAAAAAAUAGUUUGGGAUGUAUUGAAAGGGGCAUUUUUUGACUUUUUUGAAUUUAGCACAUGUAGGAGGGCACAAGAAGAAAGAAGGUCUUUGUGUGCAGAGUCUGAACACACGCAUUAGUGUUCCCCUUACAGUGUCUUUGCACUCACCCACACAGCACACCCCACAACGUACAUGACUUAUGUAUACGGCUAGGUGGGCGUGCCUCCGUGCAUUUGAUUGCCUUCACAGUUGAACCAUUGUCUUCCACUAUUUCAGAGUAGGAUGGCUUGUGGGGAGCGGAUGACUAAUCCCAGCGUGUGUCUUUGCACCAGGAGUUUGAAAACACCGAGGGAGAGGAGUACCAGGCAGAUCUCUCCGCCCUGGCCUCGCCUUCCUCCCAGAAUGGCCCCGAGGUCUACAUCCUUCCCCUCACUGAGGUCUCCCUGCCUGUCUCCAAACAGCCUGGCAGAUCCAGUAAGAAACCACUCAACACCACAGUAUUAAUUAUAGAAACACCUCUGAGUAACGCCGUCUUCAACUUUUAAUGACCUCUUCUUUGCUGGUGUGUUUUUUUCUUCGUCUCUUUUUGAGUAUAUUUCUUUAGUUUUUUUUUAAGUGUCAUCUCUUUAAAAAGAAUAAACUUCAGCUGUAUUUAAAGAGGCUUAGGAAAUGUUGUUUAAUCCCUGAUGCCUGUAGCACAAGUGGGUUAUGAACAAAUCACUGACUAACUGCAUGAAUUUUAUAAAUCCUGGUUAAAGAAGAAGAAGAUCCAGCCUCUUUUGUCUCGACUUCUACAUUCAUGUCUCGGUUCCCACACUCAAUGAGGGACAGACAUCUGUCCAUUGUGUAAUGUAUUUAGAAUUGGCCUACCGCAGUGCUGUGAUGUAUACUUAAUGUGAAAACUGCAGCCCACUGCAGAGGCAGGAAUCUGACCUAACCCUAUAGUGUACAUUAUCUCUGGGGUUCUGUGUGUUCCUGCGUUUUACACUAACAUUAACAUGAAUUUACAGGAGCAGAGUGCAUCCAUGCUUGCAGUGUGUUUGCAUUGUAACUUAUUAUUGUAACUUAUGUUGGAUAUAGUGACUCAAACACUACUUAUGCAAAGAGGAAGGGAGGAGGGUUGUCUGGACAAGCCGCCGGUUGGUUUUAAUAGACUGGAGAGAGUCUGUGCAGACACUUCCUCUCGCUGCAGCCAAAGGUGUACCUCAGGGGUCUAUCCUCGGGCCUCUUCUUUUCAAUCAAAAUGUUUUUAAUGUUGGUUUUCAUUUCUAUGCGGAUGAUAAUCUGUCUGACCGUUCAGCAUUUAUUCCAGACUGAGCUUCUUCUCUUGAUUUCAUCACUGUUCGACAAAAUGUUUAUGAUUCAAAACUUAUAUACAUCAAACAAAAGUCAUGCUGUUAACCCAUUUUUAUUAAUUGGCUUUUAACCCUGCAGGAGACUCGGCUCCUGUUUUAGUGUUUUAUGGUUUGUUUUUAGUUAUUGGUUUUUAUGUUUUUAAAUUAGUUUUUAAAAACAUUGAAACUAUAUUUUUAAUUGUUUUUUGAUUGUUUUUUACAUCUGCGUUGUUUUGUCUAUUUAUGUACAUCACUUUGUGUAGCUAUGGUUGUUUUAAAGUGCUUUACAAAUAAAGUUGAGUUGAGUUGAGUUCCUAAAAUGUAAAUUCUGCUUCUUACGAGUUUGAAAAUGGAAAUCUUGGUGUUUAAAUUAACGAAUCUCUCUCUUUUUUUAGAUCUCAUAUUCAGCAGCUGGCAUGGAUAAAACUAAAACUAGUUUUUUAUUUCAGAACCAAAUACUGCUGAUCUUUUGAGUCCAUAAAGAGGACAGUUACUACGGGUUUAAUACCUGUCUUGGACUACAGUCAUUUCUGAAACAAACAUGCUUCCCUAUUGGAUUGUCAUCCUUAUCUGCAUUUAAACAGCAACUCAAGCUUAUUUAUUCUUGUGUAAAAGUCCAUUCUAAGUCUUCCUCACAAUUUCUGCCCUACAUCAGUCAGAAGAGCACAAGAGCUUUCAAUCCAGAAACUUUUCUUUCUGUCCUGGAACUACAAAAGGAGCUGAGGCCAAAUAAACUGAUCUUACUGGGAGAUUUUGAGGUGAUGUUAAAGGACGUAGAGGCAGAUGGCCAAAACGCUCUUAAAAAAAACAAGGACGGGUGCCACCUUAUGAGCCAGACGCUGACUUUUGAGCUCUUAAUUAUUAUCAGUACAUUCUGACGGGGGAUGAUCUUGUCAGCAUGUGGAAAUUAUGAUGAUAAAACUUAGCAGGUCGUCACAUGAAAACACACGCUGUCUUGAUCUCGCUGUAAAUCUGAAUUAAUUGCAUUUUAAAUAUAAUCAACAGCAGUUCUUGGCUUCAGUAUGAACCCUAUUUUAAAUUCAUUGCUAUCUUAAUUCAAUCUCACAUUAUCCAACAUCAGUACUCCAGCACAUGCUCAUUACAUGUUCGUACGUUCCUUCCUCUGUAACGUCACAGUCUGUCUCUUUCUCUGCAGGUCAAUCCACCUCAAACAUAGCCUUUCCAAACGUGCGCAUGCAUGUAUGUAGUGUGUAUGUGUGUGUGUAUGUGUGUUAGCUGGUUCCUGGGUGCUCGCAGUCUCUGCCUCUCCCUGCAUGACUCACUGGCUGUCUGCAUGGCGCUGUGCUCAGCCAUGAGGGAGGUGAGUUGGGGGCUCAGCAUCCGAGUAUUCCAGCUUCGGCAAGUGAUUGGACAAGGCAGCCUCAGGCUCAGAGCCAAUCACUCGUCUCCCCUCUGUCCUCCAUAGCUACGGCUGUAUGAUUGGUCCAGGUGUUGCAGGGGGAGGAAGGGAUAUAUGGCAAAAGGCAGUUAAAAAAAAAAAAAAGAGAGGAGGAAUGAAAGUGUAAAACAUGCUCUGUUUUGAUUUAAAUCUUUUCUGCGUUUUUGUAUCAUGAGUUGUAACAGGAGUUAUGCUGCCUCUUAGUAAAAAAGAUAAACAAAUUCAUGAUAAAAAAUGCAUAAAUUAUCUUGCAUUUGAAUAAUAAUAAACUCCAGGUUAAAGACUAAGCAGGCCCCUGGAUUUGUGCAUCAUCCAUACGUCAUAAAUCACCCACUCCCACUCUUAUUUACACACAUAAUGAAAGCAUGCAUAGUAAUUGCCUAUUGAACAAAAACAGCAGUGAUUUACUUUAUACCGCGGCCGUGAAUGGUGUGUUCUAUACGUGCACGACAUCGAUUAUACAUCUGUAUGAACACCAAGUACAACGUCAGCAUUGAUCUGACAGUCGUGCUUUCACUUGUUGCUCUAAUCUUUUAUUCAGGAGGUCAUGUAAAGCUUUUAUGCCCACUACAGAGUCUCCACGCUUCAAAAGGGAACCGAUUGUGAGUGAGCCCACCAAUCCCACAGCCUCACUGGACCCUCUCCAUCCUCUGUGGGAAUGCCACGAGUAGGACGGGAAUGCACACUCACACAUUCCUCAUUUGGGAUAAUACCACCUCUUAAUUUCUCUCCAUCAGGGGAGGGGGGGGCUGUAGUGGAGAAGUGUGGGUCUGUUAUCACCGUGACAACCUCUGGAGAAUGGGCCUUGUGUGCGCCUGGAUAUGAGUGUCUGCGUGCCUAUGCGUGUGUGUAUGUGUGUGUGUGUUUGGCGCACUGGGUACCAGGAGACGCAGCGUGAGCGUGUGAGUGAGCGGGUGAAACAAUGGCGGUGAUUUAGGCCGGCUGGGCAGUGGGUGAGCAUGAGGCCGGGCUGAAGCGUCCGUGGAACGCACCAGUGGAGGAUGGGCAUUAUGGGGAGAAUACAGUGAGGGGUCUGUGACUGAAUGAGAAGAGACAGGGGAAGGGUGGUGGCAUGCACCAGGGCCUAAGAGUCGGGGAGGAGGGGGCUUGAGAUAGGGUGUGUAUGACAGAGGUCUUUUCUGCGUCUGACAGAGCAGUGUUUGUGUCCUGUUUGGCUGAGGAAUGCUGCUGUCCUGGGUGACAGGGGGGCAUUAUGUGCGCCUUAUGUCCCAACUGGGUGUCUUGAAGCUGCAACCAGAGCUGGCAAGUCAGACGCCACACUACCAACAUGCGUGACGGUCACAUCUGGCGUGAUGCAUGACUAGAAACUCUCAGUAACGAGCGGCAGAAGUCCCUCUUGGAACCGCUGGCGUUGACUCGGAGCUGCGAAAACUUUAUAACACUUCGCCGAAGUUUCAGAUUUUCAUAUAGGUACCGAGGAUUCCUGUGUUUGCUCGACAGCUGGAGAGCUCUACAGACAGGGACAGUAUGUGUGUUUGUGUGUCUCCCAGUUGGAGGAUGAGCCCGGCGCAGACGGAGAAAGGCAGCGUGGCGAGCUUGUUCAGCUGCGCGAGGGCUCCGAGGGUUAAAUCCUGCCGAGGCUCUCUCACACACACACUGCGGCCGUGGGCUCUCUCUCUAACACACACAAUGGGGCUAAGACUUCUGGGGUCGGGGCUGGGGCCACAGGCUCUUGGUUCUCACACUCUGAACCAGGACUCCAUCCCCGCCUGGGACUCGGACUCAGUCCCUGUCACGGUGCUCCGAGUGGCUGGCCGCUCCACUGCUCCACCAUCAUCAUCGUCGUCUCUUCACGAAACAACAGCAUCUUCAUUCUUGAAAUAUGAAGAUCCAUGGAGGUAUUGGAAGAGACAGAUUCUCCUCUCAAGUUGGCAGACCUUCAGUUUGAUUUAUGUGCAUUUAUCGACCAUGAUUGUUCACUUUUCUUUCACUAACGCCUCUAAUUUCUUCUUUACAGGCAAAUCUCUUCUUUCUCUCACCGUAACCGUUUCUUUCCAACCACAAAAUCAUUGAAUGUCUUUCUUUCUGUCUCCAGUCCAGCUGUUGAAAUCAUCAGACCUCGGCCGUCAUAGUCUACUCUAUCUAAAGGAGAUUGGACAUGGCUGGUUUGGAAAGGUAAAACAUGCUUUUUUGUUCACACAGUCUGUUUAUCUGUUUUGACUUUCAUUGCUUGCCUUGACUUUUCUAACUGCGCCAGUCUUUACUGUACCGUCUGUAUUCGGAUGUGUAUUCUACUUAGAGGAAUGCGAGGGUAAUGCGAUGAUGAUCUCAGUCUAGCGAGGAUAAUCUUUGGCACUUGUGUCAUGGUGUUGAUUCCAUGGGAGAUGAGUUAAAAUUACAGUCACAGUGAAUUCCUUUCGAUUUACGAUCGACUACAGGCUCCUAAAUCUGCAUCACCUCAUUUCUUACACAUCUCAGCUCUAUCUUUGAGUUAUUAAAACUUAAUUCUGCAUACUAAAGCUCGGUCUGGACCGCCUUAGUGAAAAAUCAUAAUUACUGCAUACCAAAAGUUGUAUUUGGAAGUCUGUUCUGGGAGCUCUCAACCUUUUAAAGUGCAUACAAGGGAUGCCAAAGUCUGUGGCUGGGAGAGCAGCAGCAAAGACACGCAUUAGCAACAUUACAAAAAUGAAGAACCAGGAUGGAGGAGGGUUGGUUAACGUGGCUGUCAGCUGAUACAGACUGGCGUUAUGAUCAGCUGAUGCACUGUGGACUGAGCUGGAUUUGCUGGAUUUGCUGGCACGCCUAAACUAUCACUGUUCUUAAUUUUGGAAUAAAGGUUUUACUAUCCCCUUAAAGGGAUAUUCCGUGUAAAAUCAAUUUAGAGUUAAACUCACGGUAAGACAGAGUUAGACACCUUUUCUAGAGAUGAAUGUUGCCAACCCGUGCUUCUCCAGUUAUACCAACUUUAGUAACGACCGCAAGAUGGCAAUACACAGAGAAAUAAAGAAACCUCAACCAAAUCGCCACUCUAUAGCCACAAAUAAUGCUCAGAACAGCACCUAACUUCAUCAACAGUACAUAUAGGGUCCAAGCCACUGCACUAGCCCCUAAACAUCAUUUAAACUUUGCCUAAUUUCUUUAGCAAAGAGACUAAACACAACUCACCAACUCUCUUCCAGCAGCCGCUUGUUUGUAGCGAGACAUCAGGCCAGUCCAUUACAGUCUGCUGUGGGAUGACGCAGCUCAAGGGAGCUCAGGCAAAGUUAAAAAGAUGUUUGGUGGCUAGUGCUGUGGCUAGGACCCUAUAUGGUGUGCUUGACCCUAAAUUAAUUUUACACUGGAAUAUCCCUUUAAUGUGUACUUUCCAGGUGUUGCUGGGUGAAGUCAAUGCAGGCCUCAGCACCACCCAGGUGGUGGUUAAGGAGCUGAAGGCCAGUGCAAGUGUCCAGGAUCAGAUGCAGUUCCUGGAGGAGGUGCAGCCUUACCGGUCAGUUCACUAAAACCACCACCAAUGGCAAAAAAAAGGGGGAAAAAAAAGGUCGGAUUAUUUUUACAUGAUGUGUUUUAUUUGUCUCUGCCAGAACCCUCCAGCACCCGGCCCUCCUGCAGUGCCUGGCACAGUGCUCAGAGGUCACUCCUUAUCUGCUGGUCAUGGAGUUCUGUCCUCUGGUGCGAAACACCUUAAUCAUCCCCGGCUGUUUCUUCUCUCCUUCUCAGAAACCUCAUUAUUUCCCUUCUCUGUUAUUAUUGAGUUGUUUAUUCAUAGAUCAGGCCAGAUCCUCUUACUCUUCUCUCCUCUCUCCUCUCAGGGCGAUCUGAAAAGCUACCUGCGCAGCUGUCGGCUGGCUGACUCCGAGACUCCUGACCCGUUGCUCCUCCAGAGAAUGGCCUGUGACAUCGCCUCUGGGCUCCUGCAUCUCCACAAAUACAACUUUAUUCACAGGUACAGCGUGCUCAUCAGCUCGGCUCUGUUUACCUUCAUCAAUAUUGAAAAGUCUAACAGGAAAAAAAAAAAAAAAAAUCCACUUGAAUGUUUUGAGCGUCCCCUGCUGGUCACUUCCUGCAACAACAUCCUGGUGCUGCCUGAGUAGUUGUCACAAACUCCAGCAUCAGUGAUUUUGUUGCCGGGGGCGAGCCCCUCUCGCUCUCCCUAAGGCAUGCGGUGGCUGCCAUGGCAACCGAUCAGUUGCUGCCAGGCAAAAGAGCUUCCUGUUGUGGAGGAGGUGAGAUCGUAGAAACAAAGUGAAGUUUUUUGUGUUUAGUUGUGACCUUGUGUGCACAGAUGUCCUGAUUGUUAUUAUUGUUUGAUUUUUACUAGAUUGCACACACUGUUACAGAGGAGUGUGUUUUUUUAAAUGCAUUUUUAACUUAAUUGCUAAACAUUUGCGGUUAUCAAAGGAAGCUAAAGUUACCUGACUCUAACAGAUGCAAACACAUUUGUAACUACGGCUGCAGCUUUUGUACAUCCGCAUGAGAUUUAAGAUGUGUGGAGGAAGCUCAGCACCACAGCCUACUGACCUUUACAACUGUGAGCGCUGCCCUGCAUCGUAAAUGUUUGUUAUUCCAGCUGAUUCCUCCGUAUCUUUUUGGCAAUCCUGUUGUGGCUUCAGGGGGAAUGUACUCUGAAAUAGGCAUUUAUGAGCGUGGUAAUAAUAGGCAAAAAAAGUUGCCUUCAUACCAGCUUCACCAAAGUCUGAAUAUUUCCCCAGACUUUGCUGCAGCUGUUUUAGGAUUCGUCAUAUCCUGCUAAAAGCUCAAAGCUUUGUUUUGUGAUGGUGUAAAAGAGGCAAAGUGGAUGUUGACAGGCUUGGGGAGCCCUUGAACCCACAAUUGAGAUGAUUGAUUGACAUCUGUCGUAAGCAAUGGUGAUGGCUUUCUUUUAUGAACUUGCUGAGUUAUAGCUUGGUUUUAUUAUUUUAGUAUUUCGUUUUAGGAAGGUGAAAUAAGAGCUGAAGUUUAAAAUUCUCUGCAGUCCCAAAGUCACAAAGCCCCUGGUCAUCCUAGACAUAAAUAGUCGUGUGUUUUUUUUUGAUUCCCUGUCGUACUUUAUAAGAAUAGAGGUGUCCUUUCUUUUGACAGUGACCUAGCCUUGCGAAACUGCCUGUUAACUUCAGAAAUGUCUGUGAAAAUCGGAGACUACGGCCUCUCCCACAGCCGGUACAAGGUCAGACUGUCAUUGGAUAAUGUUGGUUGCUUUUUUUUUUUUACCUUACAGCCCUGUCAUCACUCCUAAUUCUGUCUUUUGCUUCUCUAUAGGAUGACUAUUACAUAACACAAGAUCAGAUUUGGGUCCCUUUACGCUGGAUCGCACCUGAGCUCAUUGACGAGGUCCACGGAAAUCUGCUGGUUGUUGAUCAAACUAAAUCCAGCAACAUAUGGUGAGAUAGUUUAAGAGGAAGAAGCUGGAAAUAUUUCUGUGAGAUUGAGAAAUGAGUCAAUAGAUUUGUUUAGAUGAACUCUGAUUUACUGCAAGAAUAUAAAGUAGGAUUCCCAACUUCAGCUAUUUUUCAUCUCUAAUGCUCGAGCACCAAAAAAGCAUUUGAAGCACAUUACGGAGAAUGUGUUUCACUCGCAUCCAAUAACUCUUCGGAAACUACAGACUGUGUAGAGCAUAACUAUAUUUGUAAUCUCGUGGGGAAUAACUUAAUGAUUUCUUUGCCUCUUUCAGGUCAUUGGGAGUAACUAUGUGGGAGCUGCUUGAGCUGGGAAACCAGCCGUACAGACACUACUCUGACAGACAGGUCCUGACAUACGCGGUGAAGGAACAGCAGCUCAAACUACCCAAACCUCAGCUCCAAUUCCCCCUGGCUGAGCGCUGGUGAGACACAGUUGCACACCCACACACACGGCUGAAUGGCUGUUAUAUAUCCUGACACCACAUAAGACACUUUUUUGACAUUUCUGAGCCUUCAGGCCUCGCUGAGCACUUACACGUCACUGUGCUGUUUUUUUAAAAGUCGGAUUCUGCGUAUGAUGGUGCACCGGUCUACUCUUGCAAUAUUUCUCUUCGCUAGCAAGGGCAGAUGAUCAAUACUCUCCCUCUUCUUUAUGAUCCCCUUGGCAUCGACCAGAGUUGAAUCACCUCAUUCAUCUUCGCCCGGGAAGUCGGCCAAAUAUAGUUUUUUAUUUAUUUAUUUUUCAAAAUUGUUCCCCGCUAAAUUAAACACUCUCGGUACCAGAAACAAGGAGCCGCAUACACACACACGGAUACGCACAUGGAAGGGUUUGAACAAAAUCCUACGUCAGCAUCCAUACCACACCUUUUUCAUCCACUCUAUAGGUCUUUGGCUGGAGACGGAAACAAGAACAAGGUGUUGUUGAAAGUGCUGACCCAGUUAGAUUCUUUUAUACGGUCUUGCUUUGGGUCCAUCAUCAAUUCCUUAGAGGGAUAUUCCGGCGUAAAAUUAAUUCAGGGUAAAACACACCGCAACACCGAGUUAGACACCCCUGAGAGAGAUGGAUGUUGCAGACCGCUUGCUUCUCUAGUUAUACCAACUUGUGUAAUGACCGCAGGAUAGUGAUACACUGCGGUCUGAUAAGCUAUAAACAAACCUCAACCAAAACGCCACUCUAUAACCACAAAUAAUGCUCAGAACAGCACCUAACUUCAUUAACAGUACAUAUAGGGUCACAGCCAUAGUACUAGCCACCAAACAUCUUUUUAGCUUUGCCUAAUUUCUUUAGCAAAGAGACUAAACACAACUCACCUACUCUCUUCCAGCAGCUGCUUGUUUGUAGCGAGACCUCAGGCCAGUUCAUUAAGGACUGUUGCGGGGUGUCGCAGCUCAAGGAAGAACAUUUAUGAUCGUUUCUUUAUCAUUUCAUUGAAGUAAUAAUCACCAGAUUAAUCAUUUUGCACUGCAGACGCAGCAGUUCUUCUGUCUUAGUUUCUUGGUCUGAUUGCAUUUCCAUGAGGAAAUGAUUAUCAAUGUUCUUCCUUGAGCUGAGUCACCCCGCAGCAGACCCUAAAUUAAUUUUACGCCGGAAUAUCCCUUUAAGUGUUGUCUCUUUGCAAAAAGAAGAGUACAUUUAUGAUUAAAAUUUUCAAAGGAGUUUUAAACAUUUGUAACUCAGGUUUAAAACUUUGUAAAUUUUUUUAUAGCCACCAGGCAAAGAGUGGGUUUCAUUCUGUCAUUAAGCAAGGUGUCACAAACUUUUUAGCGGACAACGCCCAAAGUAACAGUGCCAGAAACGUGUCUGCAUAUUCCCUGUAUUCCCUGUUGUCAAUAGUUUUUUUUGCAUCUGAUUGUCUUCUCUUAUCUUUGUCCAGGUAUGAGGUGAUGCAGUUCUGCUGGCUGCAACCUGAGCUGAGACCCAGCAGUGAGGAGGUUCACCUUCUCGUCACAUACUUGUGUGCCAAAGGCUCCAGUGAAGCCGAGGAAGAUUUCGAACAACGCUGGAAUGCCUUGAGACCCAACCUGCUGGGUAGCACUUCACACACAGCCACAUCUACAGCCUUAGUCCUGACCCCUACCCCGGCUUCAGCCGAUCCACCCGGUGCAGACCAAACCCAGGCGGUGGAGCUGGCCUCCUCUGCCUCGUCCUCCUUCCCCCUCCUGGAGCACUUCUCCGACAGCUUCCACUCUGACACUGGGGACGACCUGCUGACUGUUACAGAGACCAGCCAUGGUCUCAACUUUGAGUACAAGUGGGAGCAGGCUAGAAGUGAGCAGCCUUACUGCUCCUCCUCCACCAGUGGGCCUCUGGGCCAGGGGAACCCACAUUAUCAGGAUAUCUACUAUUCAAGUAAAGGCAGCAUCUCCGGGGGGUGCAAGUCCGACAGCCUCACCUCAGGCAGGUCCCCAUCUUAUUAUGAACCUGAACACCCAGGGGUCGUCCCAGUGUUGAGUGCCCACAGCCCUUCAGUCAGCAGUGAGUACUACAUCCGCAUAGAGGAACCGGUAGAGUGUAAUAUCAACUUAGAUGACAGCGUGGUGGACUACAGCCCAGGACUGGAAGCCAGCAGUAGUAGGUUGUCAUCUGAGAGUCGGACCAGUAAACCCAGCGCUUACUGGUCAACGGCUGACAACAUCAAACCCCCUUCCUAUGACUCUGAUUCAAGCCCCACGGUCCACCUAACCAUGGAGCCACUGCUGCGACAUUCAACCGGCACCAGUCCUGUAAAGCUAAGCUACUCCCAAAACUGCUUCUUAUCCAAUCAGGAUGACACAGUCUACUGCGAACAGUCAUCAGCAUACAAAACACGCCGCCAAUCUGAACAGGAAACGUCUCCAGAGUCCAGAUCGAGCCUCCUUCAUCCUGUUGGACUUCUUGAAAACCCGAGAAGUUUAUCGCAAGCAGUUAGCAGCCCCAGCUUAGGGUUCUGUGAUCCCUACCUUGAAGCGAGCACAUGCCGCAGCACGGUAAACGAAAGCUGCCAUAACAUGAUGGGUCCCCUCAGAAAGACAGUUCCCAUUGUGAACCACAUUAGCGUUGAUGUAGAGAUAGACGAUGGCCUGCUGGUGGGCCGGCAGAGAGGUGACGACAUUGAGGAUGACCUUUACUCGGGAGAAGAGGCCACUAACUGGACCUCGAACCAUUCGGCAAACAAUAAUAGCCUCAGUUUUGACAGCAGACAAGCUGUCAGUGGACAUGACAGCUACCUAGACCUUCAAUAUACAAACAAUACAGAGCUGUGGUCUUUGACCAAGGCCACCACCAGGACCUUCCAAAGCUCCCGGUCUGGUGUAACGUUGGAGGGCGAAGGAGGAGACUGCAGUUGUAAUUCUGCGAGUAAUUCCUCUGAAUUAGGUUCAUACAUUCACUUAUGUCACAAAGAAAGGGAGGAAACCGCCACUCAAAAGGAAAGGAAUUUAACCGCAGGGAAUCCAAGAAGUGCAGAUUUAUUUUCAAGCUCAGUUAUUAACACCAGAGGUACAGAGGUUGAGAAAACAGAGGGGGAUUAUGAAAAACAAUUAUUGCAAAAUGCUGAGAGGCCAUAUUCUGAACCUAAAAUGAUACCCGAGGCAAACUAUAAAAAGUCCCCCAACUCUUUCAAGGAGCCUCAAACUGUUCAAACAGGCAACUUGUCCAUCAAGCAGAGAGGUAACAUGUGGGAGGGGGUUUCGACGGGAAUCUCUGUUGGCCUGGGAGACAAAAGGCUAACCUAUCCAGAAACAUCUGAGAGUAGCAGAGUGUUGGACAGUGGACUGGGAGUCAGGGAGUCCAGCAUUAGCCUGGUAGAGCUCGGUGACUACAGCGAGGAUGAUGACGACGACAUCACAGAUAUAACAUCAGGGAUCUUCGCGGACUUCAACUUGGAUUAUGUGGAGGUAGAGGAAGAUGAGCUGAGCCCGUUGAAGAAUCCAAAAGGAACUCCUGACUCUGUAGACACCCUGAACCUGUCCUCAUCCAUGGCAAGCACCUGCGAUCAGGCCUUCAGCCCUGAUCCUUUUAAUACUCCUGUCCUUCCUAAAUCCCUGGACAGUGGCUACGACACCGAAAACAACGAAUCCCCAGAAUUUAUCUUCAAAGAGCUUGGAGAUCCCUUGGGUGGAGAGAGGAGCCCUAGGCUUGGUGGAGAACCUGAACUCGUGCUUCAGAUGGGCUUAGGCCAAGCAGUCUGCACUUCCACAUGCAUCCCAGAGCUACAGCUGAAGAGCCUGACUGAUAAAAACCCGUACCGGGACUCGGCUUACUUCUCUGACUAUGAUACUGAGAACGAGAGAAGUCCUAAAGACGAGGGUGAGAACUUCUAUGCAGGUCCGAGCGACCGGGCUGAGAAACUGAACUCUGUAGGAGGUGAUGAUCUUUUCCAGAGGCAGUUCACCAAUGAGGAACAUUUGACAAACGUGAGACACAUCAAAAGUUCUGUUUUGGUGAAUCUCUCCGAGGCUGACCCCACUUCACCCAAUCCCCUCGCCACACCAGGGCUGUCCAUGUUGUCGCCGUUCCCUCCAGAGAUGGGCGGUUGCCUGACCAAAGAGUCAACCCCCGCUGAUGAUGACGUUAUGUUGGAGCACUCGGGAGAGGAGCCCACUUCAGAUCUAAGCUCCUCUAUAGGGCCUGAAGCCUCCUCUACUGUCCAAGAGGCCUCUGGAAACCACGAGGACGGAAACAGAAAGGAAGAAGACUGCUCUCCCGUCCAGUCUCUGCAUUCUGACUCCACCAUAAACGACUACAGAGAUGAUGCUCAUAAAGAAAAUGAUGUGUCCACAGAGGAGGAGGAGCUGCCUGAAUUCAAUCAUGUCAAGGAGGAGACGGAGGACAGGAGGGAGGGCGUGAGGAUAAACGAGGAGGAUUUCGAGGACAUCGACGCGGAGGAAUGUGACUCACAGGAUAGUUUAUGUGAGGAAUCAAACGGCGGGGCUGAUCUCUCCACUUCCUCGUCAUUGUUGGAGCUGUGCGGGGAGGAUGUGAGAGCUCCGCUGGAGGAGGCGGAGGACGAAGAUGACUCAGAUGACAGCGACUCCGACGAAGAGUUGAGGACCUACAACAUCCAAGACGAGGACAGUGAGGAAAGUGAGGAGGAUUUUAGCGCCGUACCGGUGGUUGUUAGCGAUUGCAGCCGGGCCAGACACCUCCGCAGCCUCCUGAAGAUGCCCACCCUGCUCACGGAGUCCUUCUGUGAAGAGCUGGAGAGGAAGAAGAAAGCUGUGUCCUUUUUUGACGAUGUCACGGUUUUUCUUUUCGACCAGGUGGGUCAAGUUGAAGAGUAAAAGUUGUCUGUUUACACUCCUGCUAUUUUACUCAGUAUGUGAGGAGUAUUUGUGACUAUAUCCUCCAGGAGAGUCCCACAGGAGAGCUCGCUGAGUACGCCUUCUCCACAGGAACAGAGGCCGGUUGCGAGGAGGAGGUCUCAGAGGAGAAAAACUCUGACCAGCUGCAGCCUGACCCUGAGAUUGAAGCCGAGUCCUUAGACGCUCCCUGUGCUCCUGAAGACAUAGAGGGCAACAACUCAGGAGAGGGUCAGUGGCACAAAAAUACUUGAAACAAAUCCGUCAUUUCUUGAUUUGUCCCAUUUUAUUCAUGAUCAGUGUGCCGACUUUGUGCGUUUCCAGGUGAGGGUAACGAAUGGGAAGACGAGCCCUCGCUUAAGUCGUCACCUGACGCCAUCUCCGAACCUGAAUCCUCACCGUCACCCACCCAAAACAGUCCAGAGACUCCAAAACCCACAGCUGUAGCACUCAACAGAUUCAUGGUCUCACGAUUCUCCAUCACACACGUCUCGGACCCUCACACAAGCUCAGCUGCAGGUGUGUAAAAACAGCUCUGACACAGCAGUUUUUCUCUGUUUUUACCUUCUCCUCUUUUUAUAACGAUGAUAGAGAAAAUUAUGAAACAUGCUGACAUAACAUGAAACUGUGAGAGGGGAUGAUUCAGUGUGAUGUCAGUUUUCAACUUCUCAUAAAUGAGUCCUCACCAUCAACUUCUAUGUGCAUAAAAAGUUAACUUCUAUGCUUAUAUUCGGUAUUUUUAAAUCUUCAUGCUUUAUUUUUACCUUUCAUUCAUCUCCAACAGGAAACAGUGAAGAUGGUCCUAAAGACUGAGUGAUCCUGGCCCUGACUGGAGGAGGAUGAAUCCCUUCUCAACACAGAAAAGCAUUAUUAUAAUUAUUAUUAUUAUGAUUAAUAUUAUUGUUAUUAUAUCUAGAUGUUUUACAGAGUUUUAUUUUUAUCAACGUUUUGGGGCAUCCGACCCUGGUGACCCUUUAUGAGACAGUGCCUCAUAUUGUAGUGAAAGACCCUCAAUGAUUUGCACAUUUUUGUUUUUUUUUUUGUUUAUAAUGAAGACAGAGCGACAGCUGUUGGCACGGUAACUAGAUCUGGGACAAAAUGAGAUCACACAAAGUAUAUCCGUUUUAACGUAAAGUAUAUGACGAUAACUUAUUUGCUGAAUGCGACAUCAGUGUCUGUCGGUGACCUUGCGGGUUGUCUCAUUUGUGACGUUUAAGAGUUUAACUGAAAAUAAAAGGAGAUUUAAAAAAAAUAAAUAAAGUGAAACGACAGGCUUCGUAGCUGCUCCUCUCAUGCUGCUUCGGUCCAUCUGCUUACCAUUGACCUGGCAUUUUUAAGAGACUGUUACAUCGUCAGAGCCAGUGAACAGUCCUCCAUGAUUGUUGCAUAAGACACUGUGGUGAAUUUCCAGGACGAAAUGUGACUUUUUAACAAAUUUAGGCAGUGUCUUAAGAGUGUUUUAUUCCCUUAUUCAAGUUGAAUCCAAAUUAUAGUGAUAGUGGGACUCGGUGUGCUGUGUUAAUGGUGUUUCCACUCACUUCUCACCACCACUGACUCUGGUUAAAGAUGACCUAUGAAACAAUGUCUACAGCUAGCGUAUCUAUCUGAAGCACUUUGUAUAGCCAAACUGGGUCUUUGUUUGUAGACGUCAUGGCUUCGUUGCUCGACAUCUCCCCAUCCUGGAAUGACAAAUCCAAACAUGUGAGAUCCCUUAUAUGUGUCCACAGUGCCGGCUACAGUUUCACGUUAAUUUGUGCCAUGAAAUUUAUUAUUUAACAUUUCAUCAGCAAUAGAAUGACACCAAAGGGAUGGCGAGGUGUUUCAUCACAGUCCAGAAGUGUAACGAGCAUAGACUGUAUAUAGAAUGGACGCCGUCUGCCUCCUCGCUGGGUGAAGUCACUCAGAGAACAGCGCCCUCUGUUGAUGGGCUGCAGUAUAGGUCAUAAAUCUGACACAGAACAUAAAUUUUUCUCCCCCCUGCUUGUAAUGUUGACAUGUAGUUACUGUCAGACUGGUUUGUGCUCAAGUCCUCUUUUUUUCUGUGAAGCUCCGUUUUUGAAAGUUAUUAGGGGGUUCGUGUUUGCUAUGAUUGACACCUGAUACAGCCUAUGGGCGUUCAGGGAUUGCGUAGCUCUCCCGGGAGGGAUACGCUGUUUGAGCCGAGCGUCAUUACAGUGACUCUCUGCGACUGCGCGGCGGAAUGCGCACAACGCUAGAUCCCGGAAAUACCGAGAGCUUCUUGGCUUCAAAUCCGUAUACAGGCGGUAGGCGGAACCAGGUUGUCCAUAGUAUAUACAGUCUAUGGUAACGAGUCAUAAAUGUUGAAUGUCAGUAUCAUUUAACGGAUCUUUUCUACGUCUAUGUAUUGUUCAUAAUCUCACACAUAAUGUAUUCGAUUACAUUUGUGCUGGAUGCUGGGGUAUGAUGUGUACAAAGAAAAAAAAAGACAUUCAAAAUACGACAUAUCUCACAUAUUGUAUGAAUGUUUUAUCAACAUGUAGCAGGUAGCUCGACUUGAAUUACUACCGCUGUAAGGACAGCUCUCCUCCCCUUCUCUGCGCUUCUGUAGCUCAAAGUGCCAAUUCUGUUUCCUCUCCCACCUUACCUUUCAUUCACCUUCUUGCACGAGGAGAACACGCUGCGAGUAUUUUUGUACCGUUUGAAAAGAUGCAAUCCAGGAUGACAGUCUCUCAAAUUUGCCAAAGAGAUAUUUCAAAGCCUGUUGGCUAAAAAAAAAAAAAAAAAACAGUGGCAGGUGAGGUGGGCUGUUCUGAGCAGGGGUAGUAACAACAUUGCUGUUCCCAUGUCUCCCCCCUCCUCUCCCCUCCCUCCCUCACUCAUUGCUAUUGUACUAUCCCAAACAAAUAAAUCCAAAUACUUUUUUUCCCCU